GGAAGCUGGGCUGGGCUAGCGGUUUCAGAAGACAUUGUGUAAACAGGGUAGGAUCAAGGUCCGAGAAAGGAGCCCACGAAGACCAGCAGAUGCAGAGGAGGUAGCGAUCCUGUGUUCACUAGCUGUGAAGACUUUUUCCCUUCAGUGCACAGCAGUGGAUGUGCACAAGUCCUCUGGGUUACUGCAGCAGAAAGUGAUCUGAACUUCGGAGGGGCCUGCAGCCGCUCACGAUGAUCCCCACUCGGUGCCCCCAGACUCUUCAGAAAAACUGCAGAGCUUUGAAACUUCUGCAGCAGACGACGUGGACCCGCCGUCCGGGAUUACCUGCAGCGAGUCGUGGUAUUCAUGUGGACUCUGCGCCCAUUAUCCCAGCUCUCACGACCAGCUAUGCCCACGGCACAUCUUCCACAUCUCUGCUCCAUCAAACAGUCGGAGAGUCCCUGCAGAGGACUGUGGAGCUCUGGCCUGACAGGGAGGCUGUGGCCUUUCUAGAAAAUGGAGUCCGCAAGACCUUCGCACAGUUUCAACAGGAUGUGGAUCAAGCUGCAGCCGGACUGCUGGCUCUUGGAUUGACGAAAGGAGACAGACUCGGCAUGUGGGGACCCAACACUUACGAAUGGGUCCUGUUCCAGUUUGCCACAGCCAAAGCUGGCGUUAUAUUGGUGGCUGUGAAUCCAGCGUACCAAACACUGGAGGCUGAGUUUGCGUUGGCGAAGGUUGGAUGUAAGGCCAUAGUGUGUCCUACGCAGUUCAAAACUCAGAAGUACUGUGACAUGCUGAGACAGAUAUGUCCAGAGAUUGAGUCGUCCAGCCCCGGAGACAUCAAGAGUGCAAGACUCCCGCACCUCCGCUCUGUGAUCGUUCUGGACAGUCGACAACCAGGAAUGUUCCACUUUGAGGAUGUGAUGCAGGCAGGCAGCAGCCAGUAUGUACAGCAGCUUCAGGAUGUGCAGAAGAAACUCUCCUGUGACGACCCAAUAAACAUCCAGUUCACUUCGGGAACCACAGGAACUCCAAAGGGUGCCACCUUGUCUCAUUUCAACAUCGUCAACAACGCCUACUUUGUUGGCAAGAGAGUGGGAUACACCUGGAGGCCUCAUACCCGCAUCUGUCUGCCUGUGCCCAUGUACCACUGCUUUGGCUCUGUGGGUGGAGGCAUGUGCAUGGCCGUGCACGGCGUUUCCCUGAUCUAUCCAUCUGCUGGCUACGACGGAAAGGCCAACUUAGCAGCUAUGGAGAGUGAAAGGUGCAGCUUCGUCUACGGCACCCCCACCAUGUACGUCGAUAUGCUCAACCACCCGGACUUGUCCAAAUAUGACUUGUCCUCAGUGGAAACGGGCAUCAUGGCUGGUUCCCCUUGUCCUCCAGAACUUGUGAAGAAGGUUGCUUCUGUAAUGGGCAUCAAGGAAAUAACAGUUGGAUAUGGAACCACAGAGAACAGCCCUGUGACGUUCUGCGCCGACCCCAAAGACAACAUGGAGAGGAAGUCUGAGACGGUCGGCUUCAUCAUGGACCACUUAGAGGCUAAAAUCGUGAACCCUACAACAGGAGAGGUGAUGCCUCUGGGGGAGAAGGGGGAGGUUAUGAUCCGAGGAUACUGCGUGAUGUUGGAGUACUGGGGAGAUCGAGUCAAAACAGAAGAGUGCAUCACUAAAAACGGCUGGUACAAAACCGGAGACAUCGGCACCUUGGAUGCGUACAGCUACUGCCGCAUCGAGGGCAGGAUUAAAGACAUGAUCAUCAGAGGAGGAGAGAACAUUUACCCAGCUGAGAUCGAACAGUUCCUGCACACACACCCCAAAGUCAAGGAGGCCCAGGUGGUUGGAGUUGCUGAUAACCGUAUGGGUGAAGAGGCGUGUGCCUGCAUCAAGCUGGUGGACGGACAGGACUGCACAGCAGAAGAAAUCAAAGCUUACUGCAAGGGGAAGAUCGCUCGCUUCAAGAUUCCUCGCUACGUACUUUUUGUCAACAGCUACCCGCUCACUGUGACUGGAAAGAUCCAGAAGAACAAACUACGUGAGGAAUCUGAGAGUCGGCUGGGACUGGAGAACAGAAAAUGACAGGGCGACCUCAUUUAUAAAUAAGUUUAUAUAUAAAUAAUAUUCAAUUACUGCAUGCGGUGUGCCACAAACGCCAAUUGGGGUUAGAUACCCUGCCAUCAGAUCAUCUGAAAAUGUCUUGAGAAGUAAUAACACACAAUGUGAACAUGUGAUGGCUGGGUAUGAAGCUUUGUGCUCGUCUGGAUCCUCAUGUAACCAGCUGUUUAAGGGAUAAGCGUAGUCACAUUAUGUAUUUGUCUUACACACAACAAAUCCCAUGAAGUGACCAAAACCAGCAUAACACUGUUGAACAUACACACAUGCUUUAGUUUAUCUCGACACCAUCACCAUCCUGCUGCCACAGCGACGAAAGGCGCGUUAAUACGCAGCUAAAAAUAGUCCCCCACAAAGAACAAUCCAGUCCGUCCCUGCUAAUUAAUUGAACACCACAAGGGAAUUUCUUCAAAUUUUGCACAACUGUCCACUAGGAUUCAUUUGUGGGCUUUUGUUAAACAUUUGCAUGCUCACUAGAAACCGCUGAGGUCGAGUUUCACACGCAGCAGAGAAGUUGGAGAGUAUUCGCAGCACAUGGCUGAUUUUGGUCUUUUCACGGGAUUUGUUGACAAGACAAAUUUAGAAUAAUAAAAUAUAAUAAUAAAAUGUAAUAAACAAUUGAAUAGUC